GGUAGACGGCAACUCGCUCGUAGUCAGUAUUUGCGCAACAUUCAACGGAUACACAUCUAUGCCGGGACUUUCUGCUGUUAUCCCUCACAAGUGUGGUACAGCAUAUCGAACAGCUCAUCUGGCGAACUAUGAGCCUGCCAAGGAGCUCCAGCCUCCACAGAUAGGAUCCGCAGGCUGCCGCGCUCGCUCUAACUCUGCUGAAAAUGAGGACUUACCUGGCACUCUGGCUCUGGGCCCUGGCGUCUCUGAGCGUGGACGCCACAGUCUUCUUCCACAGCUCCGGCGUGAUGACAGGAAGGGAAAUGGACCGACACAAAUCAAAACACGAAGUGCCUCUCCGGCGAUCUAAACGAGGCUGGAUGUGGAAUCAGUUCUUUCUACAGGAGGAGUACACGGGAUCAGAGAGCCUGUAUAUUGGCAAGCUCCACUCCGACAUGGACAAGGAUGACGGCAAUGUGAGAUACGUGCUCAGCGGGGAAGGCGCAGGUACCAUUUUCGUCAUCAAAGAGGACUCGGGGGACCUACAUGUGACGCGCAGCUUGGACCGGGAGUCCAAGGCCAGCUACAUGCUGAAAGCCCAGGCGGUGAACAGGCACACGGGCUACCCGCUGGAGCCGGAGACGGAAUUCAUCGUGAAAGUCCACGACAUCAACGACAACGAGCCAAAGUUCCCCAAGGAGGUCUACACCGCCACCAUUCCUGAGAGGUCAAAUGCUGGCACAUCAGUGACCCAGGUUAUUGCAGAAGAUGCAGACGACGCGAUGUUUGGAAUGGCGGCAAAGCUUGUAUACAGCAUCAGCAAAGGUCACCCGUAUUUCUCCGUCGAUCAAGCCACAGGCAUCAUCAGGACGGUCCUUGGGCCGUCCGACAUGGACCGCGAGUCGCGGGAGCACUACCAAGUGGUGAUCGAGGCCAAGGACAUGGGUGGCGCCAGAGGCGGACUCGUGGGAAGCACCAUUGUGAACAUCACACUCACUGACGUGAAUGACAACCCUCCGCAGUUCAUCAGAAGUACCUACUCAUUUAGUACCCCAGAGUCCACCAAAAUUGGCACUCCUAUUGGAAGGAUAAAGGCUGUGGAUGCUGACAUUGGCGUGAAUGCCGAAAUGAACUACAGCAUCAUCGGAGGGGAUGGACAGGAUGCGUUUGACAUCACAACUGACAGGUUCACACAGGAAGGGCUGCUCACUGUGAAAAAGCCCCUGGAUUAUGAGAGGAAGAAAUCCUAUGACCUGAAGAUCCAGGUGCAAAACCCCCGUCCUAUGGUGGACCUACACAUGCUGGCUGUCAGCACAGCCAUGGUACACGUCACUGUGGAGGACGUAGACGAACCGCCGGUGUUUGGGCGCUUCACCUACGUCUUUGAGAUGAAGGAGAACGCUGCCGUGGGGUCUGCCGCAGGCUCCGUCAGCGCCACGGACCCUGACAUCCAACGCAGCCCUGUCAGGUAUUCCAUUAAUCGGCACACUGAUCCAGACCAGAUUUUUAACGUGCACCCAGGAAAUGGGUCCAUUUACCUCCAAAAGUCCCUCGACCGGGAGGAGUCGGCCUGGCACAACAUCUCUGUUGUGGCCACUGAAUUCAAAAAUCGGGAACAGGAGCAGAAAAGUCAUGUUCCAGUGUUCAUCCGUGUCUUGGAUGUCAACGACAACGCCCCCACCUUGGCCACAUUCUACGAGACAUUUGUCUGUGAAAAUGCAAAGUCUGGCCAGAAAAUUCAGACCAUCACGGCGGUGGAUGCGGAUGAGCCCGGCGGCGGUCACCGCUUCUUCUUCACCCUGGCUCCGGAGAGUUUGGUGAGAGCCAACUUCACCCUGAAAGACAACCAAGAUAACACCGCUUCGAUCUUCACCCGGCGCACCGGCUACCGGCGGUUGCAGCAGAGCUCGUUCCAGCUCGCCGUGAUCAUCUCGGACGGCGACUACCCCAUGCAGAGCAGCACGGGCACGCUGACGGUGCGGGUGUGCGCGUGUGACCGCGAGGGCAAGAUGGAGAUGUGCUACGCGGAGGCCCUGUCUGGCACCACGGGGCUCAGCACCGGCGCCCUGGUGGCCAUCCUGCUGUGUGUCAUCAUCCUGCUCUUGAUCGUGGUCCUCUUCGCUGCCCUGAAGCGACAGAAGAAGAAGGAGCCUCUGAUCAUCUCCAAAGAGGACGUGCGCGACAACGUGGUGAGCUACAACGACGAGGGCGGCGGCGAGGAGGACACUCAGGCCUUCGACAUCGGCGCCCUUCGCCACCCGGAGGUCAUGGAGGUCAUGGAGGAGAGCGCCAAGCAGCGGCGGGACAUCAUGCCCUCGGAGACCCUCUAUCCGCCGCCGCCGCUGCUCAGGCGGACCAUGGCAGGGGCGACGGCGGCGGCGGGCGGCGGCGUGCCGACGUCGCGGGACAACACGGACGUGCGGGACUUCAUCAACCAGCGGGUACUGGACAACGACCUGAACCCCACGGCGCCGCCGUACGACUCGCUGGCCACCUACGCCUACGAGGGCAACAGCUCGGUGGCCGAGUCGCUCAGCUCGCUGGGCUCGGCGUCCUCCGACGGGGGCUGCGAGCAGGACUACAACUACCUCAGCGAGUGGGGGCCGCGCUUCCGCAAGCUCGCCGACAUGUACGGCGGGGAGGACAGCGACAGGGACUCCUGAGGAGCCCCCCCCACCCUAGGGCCACGCCACACGCAGCAGCAGUUCCUGAGAUGGAAAGAAGGAGGAAAUGGAUGAAGGAAUGAAAAACAAACAAAAAUCAGAGGAACGCAAACAAAAAAAGUGUUUUUUUUUUGUGAAGAAAGUGGAAUAUGCAGCCCGAGGUUUAUUUGUUGUCGUUGUUGUUUUUUUUUUCUUUAAAACAGAAGUGCCCUUUCUAAUCUCCCUCUUUAUAUGUGACUCAUGCCGGUGUGCUCUCUCUCUCUCUCUCUCUCUCUCUCUCUCUCUCUCUCUCUCUCUCUCUCUCUCUCUCUCUCUCUCUCUCUCAGACUCUCUCUCUCUCUCGCUCUUUCUCUGUGUCCUUAUGUAUUUUCUGUCUUUCUCACUCUCUCUCUCUGUCUGACUUUCACCCUCACUCUCUCUGUGGAAGAGAGAAUGGCAACCCGCACCAUAGUUUGUUUCUUAUUGUUGUGCGAGGCAAACACUGAAGAGGAAGUGGACCUCCCUUAUGAAGGGACUCAAAGGAAAACAAAAACUUUCCUUAUAAAAACACUCUUGUGCUCCUCACUUGUAUCAUGCAGUCUCUCUUCACCAUGAGGAAAACAGUGGUUAUUUGGUGGAAUACUGCGCAGUGAGAUAAAUUCAGGACAUUCCAGUUCUGUAAUAUCUUUUUUUUAUGUCAAAUACAGUGUUAUCUUUACGUAAAACACCUUCUUGAAAAACCAAAAUGUUGGGGAAUGUCUAGAACUGGCUGCAGACGUCUUACGCCAUCAUCAUCUUUUUGCAGACAGAGCAGCAGUCUCUUCUUUUUCUUCAGAACGUGUUUCAUCCUCAGUCACUGGAAAGUGCUACAUCAGCGUUUUGUUCUCCAUUGGGGUAGUAGCAGAUGGACCAAACUUUACUCAGUGAAUGUUUCUCAACUUUGAUGACGUCAGACACUUUUGUGACAGCUCUAAUGCACUGGUCACACGCCAGAACUGUGCACCCAAUGAUGUGGAUCUUCUGUUCACUGUCUGUCUCAGAACUUCUUUUUUUGUUUUUGUAUCAGCGAGGUCAGGUGGACAUUUUUUUUGUGUGUGUGCUUGUCUUUAUUUCAGUUAACCUACACACAGCACUAGAAGCACUACUAGGCCUACGCAAUGCCACCUGUUACAAAAAUCAGUUUGUGAGUUUGUGUCAAAUGUUUUUGGUGGACAUAUUCACACUUUCAUUUUCUAUUCUUCAGUGGAUUUAUACACCCUCAGUGGUUUCGUUUUGGUGCCAGAAGAAGUUUAAACUUGACAUUGCGUCUGUUUGUAUUUUGUGAAACUACCAACAAACGUUUAGUUUCAUCCUGUGGAGAAAAUCUCAACUGGCUAAAAGCUGCUUUUAGCACCAUAAAUGAGCAACAGUAUGCUUCAGUUGUGUCAGCUUGCGUGUGUUGUACGACACUUCAAGUGCAGGAUUUGGGGCUUCCUCAUGUAACAGUGACGAGAGUUUGUGGUAGAUCAUGGUCGCUAGGUGGUUCAGUUAUCCAGUGCUUUGUCGCAGUGACUUUGGGAAACUAGACAACUCUAUGUACUACUACUUUGCUUUGUACCUUGUAAAAUUUUGUACCAAAUAUUUAUAUAACAAAAAAAAAUGACACAAACAAUGACAGUAAAAAAAAUAUCCUGGAAACAUGAUGUCCAUUAUUAAUGUUUUUUGAUGUAUUUUGGAGAUGUAAAACUUAAAUGUGAGCAGUUUACAGUUCUUAUGAGGAUGUGUUGAUUUUAUGAAAAUAAACCGUUUCUUUUCCAUAAA